AUGAGCGCUCCUCGUACACCUGUUCGAAAGGCUUAUGCUGGGUCUACGUCGCCUAGCAAGUCGGUAUUUGCGACGAAUAUUACCAGGGGAACUGCACAGGCUAGAUUCAAGUCCAAUGUUGCAGCGCUCUUGGUCCUUCUCGGACUACAAUUUUUCGCACCCGGAGCGGUCGAACUGACGCUCGCCACGACCAAGUUGUGCGCAUCGACUCUCUCGCCUAUAUUCGGGGACAGCUUUGGGGGAAAGUUUGCUUCAUUUGUUGAGAUAUCGGUACCGUUGGUCUUGAUAUGGAACACGAUCGAGGCCGCGUAUAGGAUCCAGUGGCCGGCGACAUAUGUACCUACUCCGCCUACCCCUGGUCCCUUCUCGACGCCCUUGUCACCUGCUCAGAGAAGGCUGAGGGGCCUCACACCCAAGCCCUCUCGUCCACCCAGCUUCCCGGCCCCUGCUCUCCCUCCUUCGCCACUCCGUUCGCCAUCCAAGGAGUUCAUGCCAACUGCGUCGACUUCCCCUACCAAAGGCGACAAGAACCCAUUUUUGGCUGCGUCGGCUUCGAACCCUUUUGCUCCUUCUCGGUCGAGUACGAAUCCGUUCUUGAGUGGGAGUUUGAAUACCGGUCCGCCUUCGCCUUCGCUGAGGGAUUCGUUUGCUGCGAGCGCUUCGUCAUCGUUCAACGGCAAGCACAGCGUUGGGCCCGGAAAAGCAUUGGAUCGCUCGAUGGUGGAGAGUUUGGUUUCCGAGUUGGAUCGAUGA